AUGGUAACUGGGCUGCUUGUUGGCUUAGCGUUUUUAAUUACGACCAUCUGGCAGACCACGCAGAACUGGACAGAAGCCACAUGGAUAAAAACAUUAUUAAAACUCAUCAGUAUUAUACUUGUAUUUGUGUGUAUUCCAUUUUCUGCAGGAUGGUUUAUGUAUCAGAACUAUUGGGAAAAGUUCGAUCGUUCAAUCGAUAUAACUGAAAAUAGAAAGCAACUAGACCAAGAGUCAGCACUAAUAAAUCACAAUUAUUCUGAAUGGAAAAGAUGGUUCAUAUAUAGUUUUCUGAAUAUCAAAGCAUAUAAUGAAACUCGGAAACUAAAUAAUAAUUGGUCAACAGAAUGGAUAAUUGUUAUUAUUACAAUACAUUUUACUUCUACAUUAUUAUACAUUGGUUUUGUUGGCUUAGGAGCGUUUCGCUCUAUCAAUGAAUUUAUAAAUGGAGCUAACGUUACAACUCCUGUUGAGUAUACAGUUAAUGCAGGAUUUCGAAUUGCAUCAUAUUUUAUUGAUAUGCUUAUAGUUUUACCAGCUUUUUAUUAUGUUAUAGAAAUAUAUCUUGAUAUGGCAAACAAAAGUAAGAUGUUGCGAACAUGUAUUAUUUAUCGAUACGUGGAUGUCAUGAUUCUACUAAAAAAAUGGGCAGAAUCAGUAGUUAUAGAUCAAAAAAAGGAUGAAAAUGAAUUGAAACGUCAAGGCGCUAAUAUGUUUUCUACUGUUUAUAUUCUCGCUUGUAUAAUAUGGUCCGCCUCUUAUAUGCUUUAUAUGCUUUCUGAACGCAAGACAACUGAUCCAGAUCGAUUGGCAAAAUUUCUAAUUCUAACUUGUUCAUGUAGUGUUCUAUUAGGAUUUAUGAUAUUCACUAAUGAUCAAAUCGACAAAAUGAAAAAAACUGCACAUUUAAUGGAAAUAUUUAGGCCUUCUCCCUAUGGUACAAUCCAAAAUCUCAUUUUUCAAUCUCAAUACAUCGAAAAAAAUGGACACGAAACUGAAAUAAUUUCUAAAAAAGAAUUGGAAUCUAUUCAUGUACACAAUAUUGUUAAUUAUAUGGAAUCUUAUGCAACUAUAUUCGGUAUUCCACCAACAAUUUCAACAUUAUUCCACUUUCUUUUAGCCACAGUUAUUAGUGCUGCAAUUCCAUGGAUACUUAGAAAAUAUGGUAUUAAUGUCAAACCAACGUAUUCUGCUUUGUAA